AUGGUCAUGGAUUUCGAUUUCAGCAAGUACAAUCUCAGGUGCGAGCUUCGUGGUCACGAUGGCGACGUUCGUGGAAUAUGUGUGUGCAAUGAUGAGACUAUAGCUACUUCAUCGAGAGACAGAACCAUUAGGGUCUGGUCAGUCGAUCCAUUUGAUGAGCGCGUGUAUACCUCCUCUAAAACUCUGUUGGGUCAUACAAACCUCGUUGGACCGCUUGCAUGUUUUCCACCGAAUGAGGAAUACCCUCAAGGCAGACUCGUCUCUGGGAGCAUGGAUACUUCCAUUUUUGUAUGGAACCUCGUCAAUGGAGAGAAUAUUCAGACAUUGAAAGGUCAUGCUAUGGAGGUCACUGGUGUUACUGUCGAUAAUGAGGACAUAGUGUCAGCUUCAGUUGAUCAAACUCUAAAACGAUGGAGAGAGGGCAAGCUUGUUGAAUGUUGGAAGACACACCGGUCGCCUGUCCAGACAGUGUUAAAGCUACCAUCUGGUGAGCUUGUAUCAGGAUCAUGUGACAUGAGUCUCAAACUCUGGAAUGGAGAGAAAGUUCUCCGAACUUUUACAGGGCAUACCGGUACUGUUAGAGGGUUAGCCGUGUUCCCUGAAAACCAAAUUCUUUCAGCAUCACAUGAUGGUUUACUUAGGUUAUGGAAUCAUCAAGGAGAAGUUUGUUUGGUGAUGCGGGGACACACCUCCCGUGUUUACUCAGUGGAUGCACGUGCCUCUGGCCACAUUGUUAGUGGGAGUGAAGAUCGACUCGCGAAGAUCUGGAAAGAUGGAGCAUGCUUACAGAGUUUGGAGCACCCAGGCUUUGUCUGGGAUGCCAAGUUCCUGGAGAGCGGGGACAUUGUUACGGCUUGUUCAGAUGGAGUGGUCCGUAUCUGGACAGCCCGUGAUGGCAUGAUUGCAGAUCAGAGCGAGAUUGAUGCCUUUUAUGGCAAAAUUUCUCAGCACAGGAUAACCCUUUGGGGGAUGAAUCUUGACGAGCUUCCGGAGGUCGAUUCUCUCUCAUUGCCAUGUUUAGCGGAUGGCGAGGAAAAAACCAUUAAGGAAGGAAACAACGGCGUAACCUAUGCAUGGAGUAUGUUAAAACAGAGAUGGGGAAAAAAGUUUCGCACGGCUGAUCUUGAUGCAGCAGACUUGGAGCCUAUUGUGGAAGUUUCUCCUGCCGAAAUCGACGCUAAGGUGGACUCUAUGCUUGCGAUUUGCGGAGAGUAUCUCCAAUUGGUGCAGCAAGAGAAAACGUUGCCACCGGAGAUUCAACUAACUGAGGUUGAAAAGGCGUGUAAUGAGAAAAAACAGAGGUUGAGAAGGGAGAUUGCGACUGUCCUUUUUGCUGGUAAGGAUCAAAACAGAAAUGAAGAGAAAACACCUCUCAGAUGGUCAAAGUCUAUGGAGAUAGACUUGGAGGAUGUCGUUAUAUCAUUGGCCAAAAAGGAUAAGAAACCGUUUCAGAUUCAGAACAUGCUUAAGAAGGUUGAUCUAAUCUAA